AACAAAAUGUCAAAAAGUAUUCCUUUAUGUUUACAUUUGAGUUUUGAACAGAUCCGCACCGAACUUAUAAAAUUAACUCAAAAAUGGAUUCGAAUCCCUUACAAAUUCAAGAUCUUAGUAAUCCUACGCCUUGCACAAGCGUUGCUCCGGAUUUAGGCUAUGUGACGAUAAGCGGGGAUGAACCGAAUGCUGCUCCAUUCGUUAGCACCGGCUUGGCAUCGGAAUCCCCAGCUUUUCGACAGUGGAAGGACAUUUCAACCGAGUUUUUCAGCUGCGUCAAAGAGCUAAAGUUGGGCGAGUUAAUACACGAUAACAUGUUCGGUUUGUUCGAUGCAAUGUCCGCUAUCGAAAUGAUGGACCCGAAAAUGGAUGCUGGAAUGUGUUGCAAUAAAGAAACCACACCGUUGAACUUUCAGACUGCGGUUGAGAGUGGAAAAAUGAAGUUGACUAAUUUGGACAGUCGGGAGUGUAUCGGAAUAAUCGAUGCCGUUUAUUCGUGCUCGGUGUCUUGGCUGGAAGGUCACUCGAUGGCACAAACGGUGCUAACCUGUUUGUAUCUGCAUCAUCCCGAUCAGAUUGAGGAUAAAUCGAUGAAGGCAUUUGCUUGUGCCGUUCACAAACUGGUCAAUUUAAUUCGCAAUUUUAUACUGAGAGCCAGAGUAUAUGAGGAGGAAGAUUUUCAACCUAGUACCUACGGGUACGAUCUGUGCGUAGAAAUGACGGAAACCAAGGUGUGCAAUAUGUUAAAAGGUGCCGAAGAGGACUGGAUUCGGAAAGUGAAGGAUGUCGAGAGUGAUAAGGAAAAGGAAGAGAUAAAUGCUUUAAUAUGUCGUUUGAAAUUUACUCGUUUGCUUCUACAAUGUCUGGUUGCGUUGUAUCCCACUAAGCAGAAUUCUACAUGGAAUGCCACAAAUGCAAGCGCGAACUUGGUAACUAACGUGUCUCCCAAUAAAACAGAAAUGAUUGAUAUUGUGAAAACCUUGAACGGAGCUCUUGAGUUAACGCAGAUUAUGGAGAGGACGAUCGAGUUUGGAACGCAAACGGAACCGGGCUCCGACGCUCCAAAUCCGAUGGGGUUUUCAAUGAUGGUCAAUCAAAGAUUGUUGCCACCCACUUUUCCUCGGUACACAAAGAUAAAAGAUCGCUCAACCUGCAUUCAGUAUCUGGCUGAGUUGAUCCAGCGACUGAAGCAUGCGUGCAAAAUAGUUCACUGCACCAAUUACCACAACGCACUGAACUUUUUCAUGGACUUCAGCAAAAAAUUUGGCCCCUGUUUGCUAUCGCGUAGCAUCCUACAGACUCUGUACCUCCCAUCACACGAUAUGGUAUUUGGCACGAGAAAACUCACUGAAGUGCUGAAAGAGUCGGCAAAGGCUUUCAUCGCUCCACCCGUAUUGCUUUCAGACAAUCCACUUUCCACGAACACUAAUGCCUGCAACUGUGUGGAUUCCUUCUUCGCGUACAACGAGCACACCUUCAGUGUACUGUUCGAAAUAUGUGGCUACAAUCGUGCUCGCCAGCGGGACAAACUAGGAAUCAUGCUGUCUAACUUUGCCAAUCUGCAAGAUGAAGCCGAACGGGUUGAUGCGUAUCUGCAUUCGCUCUCGAUGAAGAACGAAAAUCCUCGCCAACAUUUGGCGUGUUUCGGAACGUGGGUACUGUACCACUGCUUACGCGCUAUGUCCUUUUUCUUGCUAUCGGGUCUUGAGUUGGAACUGUACUCGGUUCACGAGUAUCUGUACAUUUUCUGGUAUCUGUACCAGUUUCUUUUUGGUUGGAUUGUAUCGGCUCUAACGCGUGCGGAUACAUUUCUGGUGGAGCAGGAUUACGCGGUAGAUCCAAAGGGAGCAAAGGGCAAUCAGAAAAAACCAAAGGUUAAGAAACGCAAGGGGAAGACGGACGCGAAAGAAAUAAUAUUUAAUCAAGCUAUGCAAAACAUGUGCGGAGGCUACUACAAAGCUCUCGGAGGUUUUAUCGGUGAGGAAAGGAUACCGGAACCACUGCCAAUGUUCGACAAUGAAAAAGUUCGCUUCGAGCAUCGUUUUGCCCCGUUUGCAACCCUGUCUACUCCGCCGCCAAUGGCGUAUUCCGAUUUUAAGCUGAUGAAGUCUUACUUGCUCAAAUCACCGGCGGAAGAACUGUAUGCAUCGGCGGCAAAACACUUCCACGAAGCUCGCGUCCUGCUAGAAUCUUAUCCGAACCCGGAUGAAGAGUGGCACGAGAUUGUGAAAGUGGCCAAAACGAAUUUCGUCAUGAUGAAUUUGCUCGCGACCGGUCUAAAUCGUCAGUCCAAGGCGCCACCAGAGUUUGACUUUUCUUGUCAUCGGUAUUUUCCCAUCAUAAGAAACAGGAAGUAGGUGUUUAGUUUAGUUCUUAUGGUUAAAUUGUUGUUUGGAUACUAAAGUGUGUAAAAAACUGUGGUUGUUUGUGUGUAUUCAUAGCUCGAACAGUAUUCAUGAUCAUUUGAGGCGUACAAUAAAGCAACUUCGGCUACAUGAAA